AUGACUUUGUGGAAGCUGGUACAAUCGGAUGCAUAUCCGGAUGAAGUGACAACGAUGAAGCGUAACAUGGAUCCGGGAAACGAAGAAAAGCGAUUGGAGUGUUCGAGUAAGAUUGCAAAGUUGCCGCCGAUGAUGGAUGAGAACGGAGUCCUUCGUGUAGACAGUCGGAUCGGUGCGGCGGAGUAUUUGUCGCUCAACGCAAGAUACCCAAUCAUACUACCACGAGAACAUCGCGUGACGGAGCUCCUGCUGGAUUGGUAUCACCGAGAAUUUCGCCAUGCUAAUGAUGAGACGGUGGUAAACGAAGUUCGCCAAAGGUUCUACGUAGGCAAGUUGAGAACAUGCGUACGAAUGACGAAGACUCGAUGUACGUGGUGUCGAGUGUACAAGUCGGUUCCAGUGACGCCGAAGAUGGGACCACUACCAACCGUGAGAUUGACGACACAUGUCCGCGCUUUCACUUUCGUCGGAGUCCAUUAUUUCGGGCCGUACUUAGUCAAGGUUGGACGGAGCGUGGCUAAACGUUGGGGAGUGGUAUUCACGUGCUUGACAAUAAGAGCCAUACACAUCGAGGUAGCAAGUAGCCUGACAACCGAUUCAUGCAAAAAGGCAUUGCGUAGAUUCAUCGCUCGACGUGGAGCGCCGCAAGAGAUUUACUCCGAUAACGGUACAAAUUUUGUUGGAGUCAGCCGGGAGUUGGAAAAGGAAACGAAGGAGAUCAAUGCGGAGUUGAGUAGCACGUUCACGGACACUUAUACGCAGUGGAGGUUCAACCCACCCUCAGCGCCACAUAUGGGAGGUUGCUGGGAACGGAUGGUCCGGUCCAUUAAAUCGGCUCUUGGAGCGAUUCCUUCGGAGCGUAAGCUGGAUGACGAAUCGCUGGCAACACUCUUCGCUGAAGCUGAGAAGAUGAUAAACUCGCGGCCGUUGACUUUCGUUGCUCUGGAGACUUCAGACCAGGAAGCGAUAACUCCAAAUCAUUUCCUGAUAUUAAGCUCAACUGGGGUUCAGCAACCGAUUAAGGCCCCGGUUAGUGAAGGAGAGUCGCUAAGAAGCAGUUGGAAUAUGAUGCAGUACACGCUGGACAACAUCUGGCGAAGGUGGAUCACCGAGUACCUGCCGACGAUAACCAGGAGGACUAAGUGGUUCCAAAAUGUCAGGCCGAUUAAAGAGGGUGAGUUGGUAGUCAUAGCGGAUGAGAAGGUCAGGAAUAGGUGGUUGAGAGGUCGGGUGGUGCGUACGUAUCCUGGUAAGGAUGGGACAGUGCGACAAGCUGAGGUGAUGACUUCGGGUGGCAUACUACGAAGGCCUGUCGUCAAGCUUGCACUACUGGAUGUGGAACCGGGAGAUGACGCCUAG